AUGGCCCGUCUAAUGCCAAAGAAACUCCACAACCAGGGAAAGCGAAGGUCGUUGAUGGACCCUAUCCAGCAUCCACCCAGCAAGCUGCAGCCGAAUGUCAUUGCCGUGACCGAAAAGGCCCGCGCGCUGACUCAUGGAGUCCAAACAGACUUUGACUCGGGGGCUGCUGAAGUUGUAUUUCCGACUACCGUAAACCCCCUGUUAAUGAAAAGAUUUACCAUCGCCGAGAACAUCAAGUUCUGGCUUCCAGCGUUCACAGGGCAUCCCGAGUUCAGAUUUGGGCUCUCCACUGUAUCGGAUAUCGACUCAAAGGCCCUCAUGUAUCCCCAUAUGCCCGAAAAGGAGGGUGACAUAGCGAAGAGGCAGUAUAUCAUUAGCCAUUGGUCUUAUGGUCCAGGCGAACAACGGUCACAUUUUCGUCCGCCUUGCGAGGUCCCGCGCAACAUGGCCCUGGGACUCAAAAUCGAGCACGAUAACGAGGGCAAGUACAUGAAAGAAGCCCUGUUCUGGAACGAAGAACACCAAAAGAGUGUUGCAACCAAGCUUGUUCCAACGCGGCUGUCCAAAUUUCGGGAAAGAACGCAGCCGGUGAUCGGCAAGGUUCAUGAUCCAAUCGCCGAUACCAUAUCGCAUCUCUCGAGGGACCAUACCUUUGGAGUGACCUUCCCGCCUGAUGAGUUUUCUGUGAGCGAUCUGCUUGGAUACGGACCCAAGGCCAAGGCCGAGCGCGACAUGUAUCGCCUGGCAUCAGACAAGGCCUUCGCAUCAGGCGAUAUUGCCCUUGCGGCCAAGUACGGCCGAUCGGCUCGGGUUCAUGAGUCGUCGGUUUCUUCCAGCAUGGCCGAGCUGGAACCAGAGUCGUCGACAGAGUGGCCAACAAUCACCGACAAAGCAGAGCACGAGAAGAAUGCAAAGAGCUGGAUUACACCCAAGAUCACCGGUGUCCCCGCGGGGGGUGUUCCGCGAUAUGCCUCUGCCAACGGCCUGCCACCCACUCACUGCUACGGUGUGCCCACCGUGCGGCUCUCGAUGCGGCGGCGGCCGGACUUUAUGAAGAAAAUCGCAGACAAUAACAACUACGGCGACGAGCUCAAUGUCAAGGCUCUUCUAUCGCCAACACCUCGAAACACUUACGGGGUUGGCGCUCUUGCUGAAUACGCAGAGAAGCUCAAGGCAGGCGAAAGGAUCACCGAUCUGGUCACGGUGUGA